GCCAAAAACCUUCAAUUUUCCCUUUUGUCAGAGAGUUCCUUCUUCAUCCGUGCGUUUUUUCAUCAAAAUCUUUUUCCCGAAAAACUCAAAGAGAAAAAUAUUUUCAAAGUGAAAAAAUUACAUUAAACUUCUAUCCAAUGUAAUUCCUGUGCGUAAAACUAAAUUAAACAUUUUUAUAUCGAAUAUAUCUGCACAACAAGAGCAGAUAUAUUCCCUUGAAUAGAUUUUUUGAGACAGCGGAAAAAGUGAACAGCUAAAAUUGUGGAAAAAAACGAGAAACCCAAGAGGAAGAAAAAGGCAGCAGGCAAGAUGUCUGUGGCGUAUACGCAGCAACAGCAGCCGCCACAGCCUGUUCCGCCUCAAUCUUCCUCAGUUCAGCAAGGUGGCAUUAAUAUCGGCGGAGGCGGCGGCCCCGGCGGUGUUGGUGUCGGCGUCGGUGUCGGUGGUGGUGGUCCGCCGCAACAGCCACAGCUGCAGCCCAUGCAGCGUGGUCCGCCUGGAGGCGGUGGACCAGGUGGACCGCCGAAUCGCGGAGUCCCGCCGCCGCCCAGUCCGGCGCACAUCCAAAAGAUUCUCGACGAGAAUUGUGGCAUAAUCCAGACGAUACAGGAUUUUCAGAACAUGGGCAAGUCGCAGGAGUGUAUCACGUAUCAUGCGGCUCUGCACCGAAAUCUGGUGUACUUGGCGCAACUCGCUGACCCAACAAUGAACAUUGCUCAAAUAUUGCCGCCGCCUCAUGUUCUGGCCUCUCAAGCGCAGGGUCCUCCGCACGGCAUGAUUGGCGGACCUCAGGGGCCACCGCCUCAGGCUGGUGGCCCGGGAAUGCCGCCUCAUGGCCAUGGGCCCUCGGAACCGGGAGUUCCUUCGCCGCAGAACCCUGCCCAGCUUCCGUAUCCGAACCCGAAUCAACAGCCUCCGGCAUCUCACGCCAAUCUGCCUCCCCCGAAUUCUCAGCAGUCCCAAUCUGCGCCCGGGCAGCCACAGCAACAACAGCAACAGCCCCAGGGCGGCGGCGCCAUUCCACCUCCGACAGCCGGGCAACAGCAGGGAGGCAACGUUCCAUACCGCGGAGUACCAGGUCCUGGCCAACAGCCCCCUCCAUCGACCCAAAACAACCAACAACCACAACGAACUGGUGGACAACCCCAGCAACCACCGCCACAAGCUCAGUACCGUGGGGGCUAUCAACAACACGGUCACUACGCCGGCUAUCCACCUCAAGGACAGCCCUACCAACCCCAGACUGGCUAUCCUGGUGCUAUGCCACCGUACGGGCCUCCUUCUCAGGGAUAUCCACCUUCGAGUCAAGGCUAUCAUCACGCUGGUAUGCCGCCGACAUCUUCGGCCGGUGGUCCGCCACCUCCUAAUCACCCCUAUCCGAAUUCGUCGCAGCAUCAGGGUCCAGUGCCUGGCUCAUAUCCUCCUCCCCCUCCUAAUCAACAAUCACAGCCGCCUCCCCAGAUGUAUGGGCCUCCGGCCGGAGCCCAAGCACCGCCCGGGCAAUAUCCACCACAGAACGCCAGCGGACCGCCUGGACCCCCGAUGGGUUAUGGAUACGGCGCACCUAAUUCCGGACCCAAUUACGGUCAGGGCUCGCAGCCACAAAUACCGCCGCCUGGCCAGCCAGGUUACCAGCAGGCAGCUGGCGGUGCGCAGCCACCAUAUCCUCCGCAACCCCAGCAGCCUCCGUACCAACAGGGCCCAGGGGGAUAUCCACCUUCUGCCCAGCAGCAGCAGCCAACCGGAAUGGGACAUCCUCCCUCAUCACAACCAAAUCAGGCGGCACCGCAGCCACCUCCUUCAGCCGCGCCCCCCAGUGGAGCAGCAGGUGGUUCAUAUGGUUCCUCGCCCAGUCCAGGGCAAACCCCUCCCCCGAACCAGGUGGCCGCAGCCAACAACGGCCCCAAUCCCCCAUCCAACGCUCCAUCACAGCAGCCACCAGUCUCGCAGCCUCCAUCCUCACAUCCACCCGCAUCGUAUGCUCCACCUCAGUCCGUUGCUAGCGGACCUCCGACGCAGCAACCGGCCUACUCGUCGCCACCGUCCGCCGGCCCAGCAGGCCCGCCGACUCCAUACACUCAGCACCAGCCGCCACCGCAGCAGCCGCCGCCGCCAAACACUUCGGCCAACGCGCCAUCCAACGGAGUUGCCGUUCCCAACCAGUACCAGCCGCCGCCUGGCGCUCAAACAUACGUGGCUCCGCCAGCCGGCCAGCCGUACGCACCGCCCGGCCCCGGCGGCUAUCCUGGCCACGGAUACCACCAACAGGGCUAUCCGACGAUGCCUCAGGGUCAGUAUCCCCCCUCCCAGGGCUACCAAGGCUACAGGCCCGGAGCGCAGAUGCCUCCACCCGGUGGCCAAAUGCCUCCUCCAGGUCCCCAAGGUCCCCCUGCUGGUGCCUACUCCUAUGGCUACCAGCCGCCGCAGUGAGUUAGUAGCUAAUUUCCUGUUAGUUUCUA